UAACCUCACUUUGCCGGUGAAUUUCCCAAUGUAUCCGCCCUAACUUAAUGGAAAAGCGUGUUUACAUUUAAUUUAAACAACACAGUAAUCAUACAGUAAUGACCAGUGAAUUCAACAAAUCCACUCUCCCAGUGCCAGACAUUAGUGAUGAAUUUUCGCACUCGUUCAAGAGCCAGAGAGCAAGCUCAAGAAAGAAGCCGCCGGCUCUCAAGCGCAUAUAUUGCAACAUUAAUCGCUGUUCUUCCAAAAGAGCCUUGGCAAUCUCCUUCAAAGGUUCUCUUGAGAAUGCCCAACUCUCAUUCAUGUACGAACCUGAGAAAACUGAGUCAUACUUUGAUCAAUGUUUCGAGAGAAUCAGCAAGAUUGGCGAAGGAUCUUUCGGGGAAGUGUUCAAAGUGCGCUCCCGUGAAGAUGGUUUACUCUAUGCUGUGAAGAAGUCCAAGCAGUACUUCCGGAGUGAGAGCUAUCGUGAGGAAAGGCUGAAAGAGGUGAGGAGGCACGAAGAGUUCUCCAGCCAUGAACACUGUGUCACGCUGCACAAAGCGUGGGAGGAAAGAGAUCGCCUUUAUAUCCAGAUGGAACUUUGCCAGAGUAGUCUGGAAACAUAUGUGAUGAAGCAAUGUCAGAUUCCAGAAUCCUUGACCUGGUCAUUCCUGCUGGAUCUCUUGCUGGCUCUCAAAGGACUUCAUGACGGAAAUCUCAUUCACCUGGACAUCAAGUUGGAAAAUAUUUUAAUAACUGAGGAUGAAGUUUGCAAGCUGGGAGAUUUUGGCCUGGUUUUUGACCUCAAUCAUGAAAACAAAGAGUCCGCCAUGGAGGGAGACUCACGUUACAUUGCACCUGAACUGCUGCAGGGGAUCUUUACAAAGGCUGCCGAUAUUUUUAGCCUGGGCAUCACCAUUUUGGAGUUGGCGUGCAAUCUUGAGUUGCCUUCAAAUGGAGUUCUGUGGCAACAGUUGAGAGCUGGCAUCCUCCCGAAAGAAUCUAAAUGCAUGCUAUCAAAAGAGCUGUACAGUGUCAUCAAAUGGAUGAUGAAUCCCGAUUGGCAGCAGAGGCCAUCCGUUGAUGCUCUUCUGCGCUAUCCACGAGUAGCCAAUUUGCUAACGAAACGAACACGUUGGUGGUCCAUAACAAAAAUUAGAAAAGUAAAGCGAAUGACUUUGCAACAGCUUUCGAAUAAGUGGCACAAUUUUAAGAAAACCUUCCGACUACUUGUGACUCAAAUUAGUUUUGCUAUGCUCAGCUGUGUCAGGCGGAAGCAUAAAAAUGAAUAUGAGCAGCAUAAUUCCACGUCACCUUUGGAGAUGAGUGACGAUGAUCAGCACAUAAGUACUCCGAUUUUAGACGAUAGCAGCAUCAACAUGUCGGAGGUGGUGAAUUCAACGCCAAUCUUGAGCUACGAUAAGAGAAAAGCGAGGUUAGCAAAUGACAGUCCACACAGUCCUCAGAGCAAUUCCGGCUUUGAAGAGUUUAAAAAUCACUUAUCGCGCAGUCCUUCCAGUUUUACACCAAGAUCGACACACGAAUAUUCGUCGUUGACAUGCAAAAAACUGUUCAUGCACUCCGAUGAUUCCGAUUAGUCCCUCUUAAAAUAACUCUUAAAAAAUGUUCUUUAUCGUGGUGUUUUUUUCUCUUAUGAAAUAUCAGAUAUUUCCAAGAUAGUAAUUUUCUCUGUCUAUUGUGGUAAUACAAAAAAAAAAACAGGAGAACGGUGUUUCUAUCGAAACAAAGCUCAUUUAUAGAUUUAUUGUUGAGAUGAAAGGCAAAACAGCAAAAACGAUCAUUGGGAAAAAUUUACUAUCUCACUUUUGUUUGUUCUUAUACUAACAUAAAUUAAUUUUAAUGUGAUACAAGCUAAAAUAAAACGAUUACUGAAUGGUUUCUAUAUUCAUAUUUCUUCACGUUAUUGAUCACUUUUUUUGUAGAGCGUUUGUGGGGCCCAGAUUGUUAUAUGAAAUGCACUUCAAUCAAAUGAGCAGAUUUGUAUACAUUCUAGAUCACGAGGAAUCG